GAGCUGCCGCCGACGGUUCUCAGGAUACUGCGCGUAUGCACGCCGUCGACGUACGUGCUCUUUCACCCUUGGUGUUGCACCGGUGAUGGUGGGCUGCCGGCGCCGUCUGGGCUCCGGCGCAGAGUUUUCCUGUAUGGCAUCGCAGUCAAACAGAGAACUAAGCAUGCUGUUGCAAGCCGCUGCUACUUGCAGCUCGCCAGAGCAGGUCCAAAAACUUCUUGCCUUGGUGUUGCAGCCCGUCUAUGUCCUCAUCCACCCCCUGCACCCCCUCCUGACGCUGCGAGCUCCUUCCUUAGGCCCCUCUUGGUGUUUUCCAGCCCCCCGAGCCCAGCCUCACUCACUGCAACUGCCUGUUGUGGCGGGGGUCGGCGUUACCGGGCGCGCCUCCCCUGUCUCCACCCGGCUGGUGAGAUUAAAUUUUCGCGCCUCACGCUCGACUCACUUCUCUCCUCCUCCUCCACCCCACCACCAACAACAAAAUUUUUCUACCCCUUCCUUCUUCAUGGCCUUGCCAUCCUCCUCGGCCUCUUCAAGCAGCCCGUAAGUAUCUCCCUCUGCCUCUCCCUCCACCCCUGGCAAGAUUGGCGGCGUCGCCGGAGCGACUCCAAAAGCCUCACCCCGCUCUCCGCAGCAGCGAAGGCAACAGCGACACAUUUUACUGACCUCCUCACCCUUUUAGAGCUGCAUCAGGCUCCUCCAGCGCCUACGGGCGACCCUCAGCCCGACUUGGGUGAGGGCUCCACAAGACGCCACCACCGAAGAGAAGCGCGGUAAG